UUCCCGUAAUGUUAAUAGAUAAUUAGUGAACUAUUCAAUCUGUUUCAACAUAGUUGUGAUAAGAUUCGUAAAUUUGUCCCACGAUUAGGCGUAUUUUUAUCAUUUAUUUGUCGAGUCGUUAAAACAGAUCCCUAAUUUUCCCUCAAACGUCAUAAGGUUACAGAGAAGGUCAAGAAGUUUAAAUCGCGAUAAUCGCAGUCUUUUUCUUACACAAGAGCUUUAAAAAUGUUCUCGAGAUUAGUCCGCCCUUCCCUUGCGACUACCCGCGCCUUCAGCACAUCGAAACAGAACAAUGUCAAAGUGGCCGUCGCCGGCGCCUCUGGGGGCAUCGGCCAGCCCCUGUCGCUCCUCCUCAAACAGAGCCCCCUAGUCACCGAACUGUCCCUCUACGACAUCGUCCAUACCCCAGGAGUUGCCGCUGACUUAUCCCACAUUGAAACCCCCGCUAAAGUCAAAGGUUUCAACGGUGCUGAGAACCUCAAACAGGCUUUCGCUGGGGCCGAAGUUAUCAUAAUCCCGGCUGGGGUCCCCCGCAAGCCUGGCAUGACCCGCGACGACCUUUUCAAUACCAACGCCUCAAUUGUGCAAACUUUAGCCGAAGCAGCCGCCGAGAGCGCCCCCAAAGCCCUAAUCGGGAUCAUCUCAAACCCCGUCAAUUCCACAGUCCCCAUCGCGGCUGAAGUAUUGAAAAAAGCCGGGAAAUACGACCCCAAACGACUUUUCGGAGUCUCAACUCUUGAUGUAGUCCGAGCCAACACUUUCGUGGCCGAACUCAAAGGCCUGAACCCCUUAGAAGUCAAAGUUCCCGUGAUUGGGGGACACUCAGGGGUCACUAUAAUCCCCCUUAUUUCACAAGCGACCCCUUCAGUGUCUUUCCCUCCAGACCAACUCAAAGCUUUGACUGAAAGAAUCCAAGAAGCGGGGACUGAAGUUGUGAAAGCUAAAGCGGGGGCUGGUUCAGCCACUCUUUCAAUGGCUUAUGCUGGGGCCCGAUUUGCAAUUUCGUUAAUUAGGGCCCUCAAAGGCGAACAGAAUAUAAUCGAGUGUGCUUAUGUCGAGUCGAACUUAACUGAAGCCAAGUAUUUCUCAACUCCGCUACUUUUGGGUAAAAACGGAAUCGAGAAGAAUCUAGGAUUGGGGAAAUUGAGCGAUUUUGAGCAAGAUUUACUCAAGAAAGCGAUCCCAGAAUUGAAGAAAAAUAUCCAAAAAGGUGAAGAUUUUGUUAACAAGAAGUGAGCUUUUGUAAGAUAAAAUAAAAAAACAAUUACGAGUCAAUUGUUUAAUAAAAAAAUUUUACUCAUUA